GCAGGGCCCAAGAGAAAGAACUGCCUGCUGCUGCAAAGCAGAUGACGACGAUUGCCGCGCUGAGAACUCUAUAUAAGUAUUGUAGGCUUGUCGGUGAACCUUCAGACACUCGUUGCUUGCUGAUAACUCAGCACCGGAUGUGUACCUUUAGUGGCUGUAUGUACCUUGUAUACUCUCUGCUGUGUGUUUUCUGCCGGAAAUCUAUUCUAUAGGCAACACUAUUCACAGUCACUUAGCUCGCAGUGAUUUUUCGCUAUUUCGUUUUUAAUUUGGCCUAACCGUAUGUAGAAACGAUGGGACCAAUUACUUUGAUCCAGUUUUAUAGAGUAUUAUUUUUACUAACACCAUUCGCUAGCAGAAUAUCUGGAGCUCUGAGUGAAACAGAUAGUGCCUUAUUGUCCAAAAAUUAUGUCUCCCCAAUUAAUGAAGUGCGUGACAGCCCUUUAGAACGGGUAAAAGUCAAACAAGAAAGUGGUUUUGACGGACGAGUGCGCUCAAUACGUUUUAGCUUCAAACCCGAACAAGAUUACAAACCAAACAAAGGAGCUACCAGAGAUGGGCUUUAUUCCUCUUUUAAUGAUUUCAAUUUUUAUCCAAUCCGAGGCAACUACAAUCAGAAUAUUGGACUGCCGACGAGACAAACGGUUUCAAUUGAAGAAGCAUCACGACAACUACCCCAUUCCAAAUCAAGGUCAUCAGCAACUAUAGAGUCAUCAAGAUCAAAAAGAGAAAUUGAAAAACAUUUACCAAAUAAUGAAAUGGAUGAUCUUGAAACUGCAGAAGCCAAAGUUUUUCGCCCGCUUUUUGUAUAUCGGCAACAAAUUUCACGACGCCUUAAAUUGCAAAAUGACAGACAAUCAAAUAAUAAUCGCCGCCAAAUUCUAUCGCGAACAAAGCCUCGCUUUGAUCGUUAUUACUAUCCAUAUCAAUAUUAUCCUACUAACCCAUACUUUUUUUAAUGUACAAAAUAAUGUGCUCUGAGUUUCAUAUUAUUUACGUCAUCAAACAAUUGACACAUCAAUAUUCAAUUAUAAUUUAUUUCAGCAUUAAAUUAUAAAUAUGUUAAUUAAUUAAUUCCUUUUCUUGUUGAAAUAACAUUUAAAUUAUUACGCUAGCAAAGUAAUAUUAUAUUCUUACUACAUAAGAACUGAUGUGAAGAAUUUACAAAUUAGUUUUAUAUCCUAAAAGUAAUAUGUUAUUAUUAUCUAUAAAGUCAG